GCGCGUUAUAUAGAGAGAGAGCUUGAGCACAAAGCUUGCCCCGAGGCGCUUCUCACGUGACCACAGCCUCUUCACCCAAAUUCUUCUCCGCCCCCACAGUGCGCGCGCUCAGCUAUUCCCCCCCCCGCGCCCGUCACGUGAGGCGGUUUGUUGUUGUUGCGAUCCUCGGCUGGGCGGCUGUCCGCGUGGGCGUCGGCGGGGGUCACGUGCCGCGUUUAAAUCGCUCCCUGUGGUGGGGGGAGGGGGACCUGAGCUCUCGCGUCUACGGCGCCGCUCUGAGCGCUGGUGCUGCCGCCGCCGCCUGGGCCGGUGGGGAGGGGGGGAGGAGGAAGAGGAGGAGGAGGGGGGGGAGCAGUCGCUCCUGCUCCAAGAUGGCGGAUGAGGAGACGCCACUCCUCCAGUCCCGCAGCGGCGGCCGCGGCAGCAGCAACGGCAGUGUGGCGGCCCCGGUCGCAGAGAGCCCAGAGCCAGCUCUCAAGCGGCCGCGCCGGGGCCCGACUGACAGCCCCGGGCCGGACUGUGAGACCGCGAGAGGAGCCGCCGGAGAGGCAGAGACGGCGCCUCCCGCAGGAAGCACCGCCGAGGAGGAGGAGGAGGAAGAGGCCCGGAAGGUGGAGGAGGUUGCUGCCGCCGCCGCCGCUGUUGUUGCCGCCGCCGCUGCGGAGUCGGGAGAGGUUUCAGCGGCACCCGGGAGACAAAGCGGCGGCGAAGGCUGGGACUGCGCAGAGAGUGGGAUGUAUGUUGACUGUGAUAAUAUAUUUUUUAGUGAUGAAAUCAUUGCAAACGGCUUCCAUUCUUGUGAGAGUGAUGAAGAUGACAGAGCUUCUCAUGCAAGCUCUAGUGACUGGACUCCACGGCCACGUAUAGGUCCAUAUACUUUUGUCCAACAGCAUCUCAUGAUAGGCACAGAUCCCCGUGCAAUUCUGAAAGAUUUGUUACCAGAAACAGUUCCUCCCCCUGAACUGGAUGAUAUGACAUUAUGGCAAAUCGUUAUUAAUAUUCUGUCAGAACCACCUAAAAGAAAAAAGAGGAAAGAUAUUAAUACGUUAGAGGAUGCUGUGAAACUCCUACAUGAAUGCAAAAAAAUAAUUGUCUUGACUGGAGCUGGGGUGUCUGUGUCUUGUGGAAUUCCUGACUUCCGGUCAAGAGAUGGUAUCUAUGCACGCCUUGCUGUGGAUUUCCCAGAUCUUCCUGAUCCUCAAGCAAUGUUUGAUAUUGAAUACUUCAGGAAAGAUCCAAGGCCAUUUUUUAAAUUUGCAAAGGAAAUAUAUCCUGGACAGUUUCAACCAUCUCUCUGUCAUAAAUGUAUGGCUUUGCUGGAUAAAGAAAAAAAACUGCUUCAUAAUUAUACACAGAACAUAGAUACAAUGGAACAAGUUGCAGGAAUUCAAAGGAUAAUCCAGUGUCAUGGUUCAUUUGCAACUGCUUCUUGCCUCAUUUGUAAAUACAAAGUUGAUUGUGAAGUUGUUCGAGCAGAUAUUUUUAAUCAGGUUGUUCCUAGAUGUCCCAGAUGUCCACCUGAUGAACCACUUGCCAUCAUAAAGCCAGAAAUAGUGUUCUUUGGUGAAAAUCUGCCUGAGCAGUUUCAUAGGGCCAUGAAAUAUGACAAAGAUGAGGUUGAUCUUCUUAUUGUUAUUGGGUCUUCACUUAAAGUAAGACCGGUAGCAUUAAUUCCAAGUUCCAUCCCACAUGAAGUGCCUCAGAUUUUAAUUAAUAGGGAACCCUUGCCUCAUCUACACUUCGAUGUGGAGCUUCUUGGUGACUGUGAUGUUAUUAUCAAUGAGUUGUGUCAUAGAUUAGGUGGUGCAUAUGCAAAACUUUGUAACAGUUCAGUCAAACUUUCAGAAAUUGCAGAGAAACCUCCACGACCACUCAAAGAAUUUGAAAUACAUUCAGUUGAGUUACCACCUACUCCGCUAAACGUUUCUGAAUAUUCUAGUUCACCUGAGAGAAUUAUCCCACAAGAUUCUCAGGUAGUACGUUCAGAGCAUUCUUCCGAAUUUAAAGUAGGAGAUUCAGAAGUUGCCUUGGAAUCUAAAGAGUACUGUAUGGAGGAAAAGUCACAUGAGGUACAAAACUGUUUAGAAAACACUGACAGUCUUCCUGGCCAGUUAGAAGACCCAGAACAUGUGAAGGAACAUGGAUCUAACCAAGGAGAAAAUAAAGAUAAAAGUGAAAAAACAUCUGUUGAAGCACUGAGAAAAUGUUGGGUUAACAAAUGUCCAAAAGAGCAGAUCAGCAAGCGUCUUGAUGGUACCCAAUACUUGUUUGUACCACCAAAUCGGUAUAUAUUCCAUGGUGCUGAAGUAUUCUCGGACUCAGAAGAUGAUGUCAUAUCCUCCAGCUCUUGUGGAAGUAGUAGCGAUAGUGGGUCCUGUCAUAGUCCAAGUUUAGACAUAGAAGAUGAGAGUGAAAUUGAAGAAUUAUAUAACGGCAUAGAAGAAGAUGCACCUGAUAGGGAAGAUGAGAAUGGAUUUGGGGAAGAUGGAAUUCAAGACUCUGUGGAUGUGUCAGUUCCUGUAAAUGAGUCUGCAGGAUUUGACCAUUCGGCAGACAAACUGUAAUUACUGACUGGUUUCAGGAACUUUCCCACCAGCAUUAGAAGUUUUAAGCAUGUCAGAUUGAAUGUGUACUGAAUUUAGAACAAGGAAAACAUAAAAAUGUAAUGUUUGUAAGCAGCUAGAAUAGAUUUACAUGCAUAGUUUUCUAACUUUUCCAAUCAAAAUUCUGUAAAGGCACAUUCAACACUAAUCUUUAUUUGUUCUGAAUUUUGAUGAAGGUACUAAGUAUCUUUUUACUGUCACAGCAUUCACUUUUGUUAAGUUAAUCUGUGUGAUUUGUGUGUGUAUAUAUACAGUAUUUUUGCUUAACAAAUUUCAACUUAUUUUAUUUUUGAACUGUUUGAAAAAGCCAUUGGAAUGUUAAUAUAAUAUAAAGGGAACAGCUAAUCUAGACCAAAGAAUGGUAUUUUUCUUGCCUCUAUUGCUUUGUAACAGUUUGUUUUAUUUAAAGCUUGCUAAUGUCUCUUCUAGCUUGGUUACUGCAUAAUCUGUUGUUAAACACUGGUAUUUCCCCCAAAAUUAAUAUGGCAGCUAUUUUGAAAAAAAGUUACUCUUGUUGAGCAUACUUGCAUGUAAGCAUAUUAAAAGUUUAUUAGUCAUCAUAGUGAGCGCGUGAAAAUCCAUGACUUAGAUAAAUAGAAAAUGAUAGAUUAAAAAUAAAGAAAUACAACUUCCUAUGGUUAUGUAACUGUGCCUAAUUGGUUGCAGGGAAGUAUUAAAUAAGAAAUUGUGAAAAUUGGUUUGGUUUGAGAAAAAAAUGGGAAUUUCGUGCAGGAAGUCAAUGUAAGAAAAAAUGUAUAAAAUUCUUUGUGUACGCUGCCAACACGAGAAAUUGUAAAUGUACUAAAGAUCUGUAUAUAAUAUUCAGAAUAAGUAGUCUCUCCCCAAUGACAAAGAUGUUUCUCUAUUUUCCAGUAACUUACACAGACAUGUAUAAAGAGCUACUUACUUCCAACCUCAUACAGAAUAUUCAAUUUUGCCAUAAUUUAAAAAUA